AUGCCGGGAAGCCAGUAUCAGGUGACGACCACCAAGCUCCACCACAGCCUCUACAGCCUGACAGACAGCUCGGUCGCCAGCCUAGAGGAUGAGGAUGGAGACCUUCCACUUCGUCCCACUCCCUUACAGAAGCUCACCAUGGACAUGUGCAAAGACGAGAAGACCAUCAAGGAGCUGAUCAUAGGCCGCAGGGUGGGCUUCUACAAGGUCCGCGGUGGCAUCGGCUACGGAACUUUCUCCAGGGUCAAACUGGCCUUCCACGCUCUAACUAAAGACAAAGUGGCCCUGAAGGUGCUGGAUAAGACGAGGCUGGAUCUGCAGGCCCAGCGUUUGCUGUCCAGGGAGAUCUCCAGCAUGGAGGGCCUGCAGCACUGUAACGUGGUUCGCCUGUAUGAGGUGGUGGAAACCCCCAGCCGUCUCUACCUGGUAUUGGAGUAUGCCGGAGGUGGGGACCUCCACACCCACAUCUGCGAGGAGGGCAAACUAUCGGACAACAAGAGCAAGAUCACCUUUGCCCAGAUCCUCUCUGCCAUCAAAUAUUUGCACAAGAACAACAUUAUCCACCGGGACCUGAAGGCAGAGAACGUCCUCUUCACCAGCAGCGCCUGUGUGAAGGUGGCCGACUUUGGAUUUAGCACCCGUGUGUCAAACUGCAGCGAAACCCUCGACACCUUCUGUGGCUCCCCUCCCUACGCAGCCCCAGAGCUGUUCAGGGACGAAUGCUACAUGGGGCCGCCGGUGGACGUGUGGGCCAUGGGGGUCCUACUCUUCUUCAUGGUGACCGGCACCAUGCCGUUCCGGGCCGACACCAUGGGCAAGCUGCGGCAUUGCAUCCUUGAAGGCGCUUACACCCUCCCGCCAUGGGUGCCAGGGCCCUGCCAGAGGCUGAUCAAGGGCAUCCUGAAGCCCGUACCGGUGGAACGCUAUGCAGUAGACCAAAUGUUGGGCUGUGACUGGCUCCUACCCGUGGAGUUUCCCUGGUCGUUGGUACCUACUGACCCACUAAGCCCCCUUCGCCUGCUGGAUUCCAGUCCUGGGGAGCUGGAGGAGGAGGAGGAGGAGGAGGAGGUCAAGAGCUCUAUGGAGGAGCUGGGAUUCACCAUGGAGCACAUACGGAACAACCAGCCCAAAGGCAGCCGGAGCCCCGUCAUUGGGGUUUAUCGCAUCCUGUCACACCAGGCCCAGAAGAGGAGGGGCUGUGACACUGUGCCUGUGGUUCGAGGCAUGGUCCGAGACCCAAAGAGAGAGGGCCUCCGAGCCUAUCGAAGCCUCAGGCACACCUCCAAGUUCUGUGUGCUUUCAUGAUGGACUCAGAAAUACACCAUGAGCAACACUAUGUCGCAGUGGCCU